AUGGCGGUCGGUCCGGAGCGACGCGGGGCAGCGAGUGCGCCGACGCCUGGGGCUGCUGUCGGGUGGUGGGAGGGGCGGCGUGCAACGGGGGCGGCGCGCGCCGACAUCGAUCGCCGCGGCGGCGACCGGGCGGCGGUGCGCGCCGCGCCGCCAGUCGGACCACGGCGCCGCUCCCCGACGCCACGGCGCCACCGCGCGCCAGGCCCGACGCCCGCUCCGCCGCCGCCGCCGCCGCCGCCGCCGCCGCCGCCGCUGCCGCCGCCGCACAGCCAGCGGCGUGUGCGUGCGUGCGUGCGUGGAGCCUUUAUCGGGCGCGCGGCCGGCCGCCUGCCGCAGCCAGAUAAGGCGCAGUGCGUGCGCGCCACGCGUGGCUGCGUGCCGAUCGAUGCCCGGCGCUGCUGCUCACCUGACGAGCAGGCCAAGUGGUUGAGAGCUUCUGGUGCUGUCAGCGCGCGCCGCCUGGGGAGGGGUGCGGGCACGAGGAGGGAGCAGUGCGGCUGCGCCGCCGACGGCGGGGUAGGGCCAAAGGCCUCCCAAGCCGCAGCAGCCAAUGGGAGGCUGCGUCUGGACCCGCCCAGCGCCAGCAUGGCGCCGGCUCGGCCCAUCCCGGGGCCUCUGCAACAGGGGCGGGGUUGA